GAGGGUUGGCAGCCCCGGUUGUACACAAAAAAACAGAGUUGACGUGGCCGCCGCGGUGACUACAUAAAAUAUUCGCAUAUUUCAUCACGGCAUCUAUUUAAUUAUUGCUAUUUAAAACAGCAGACGAGAAAAGAGUGAAAGUCGAGAAAACGAAUUAAUUAAUACCAUUUUAAAAUGAGUUUGGUGUGGACUUUGAUCGCUGGAUUUCUCUACGCAGAAAUAGCCUUUGUCCUUCUGCUGGUCCUGCCCAUAGCGAGUCCUUACCGAUGGAACCGGCUCUUCAAAUCGAAGUUUCUGGCCAUGUUGGGCCAACAGGCGCACAUAUAUUUCAUCCUGAUCCUGGGAGUUCUGAUCUUGUUCCUGCUGGAGUCCAUCCGCGAGAUGCGAAAGUAUUCCAACUUCGAGCAGACCGGUGAGGUCCACUUGAAUGUGGAGAUGCAGCACAGCAUGAAGUUGUUCCGGGCCCAGAGGAACUUUUACAUCUGCGGCUUCUCCGUCUUCCUCGUCUUGGUCAUCCGCAAGUUGGUGACCUUGGUCUCGGCGCAGGCGAAUCUUUUGGCCCAAAGUGAAGCCUCCCUGAAACAGGCCCAGAGUGCCACGGCAGCCGCCAGAUCUUUGAUGGAGGACAAGAAGACCGAGAAGGCCAAGGAAGCCGGCGAAGAUACCACUCUUAUCGAGCUCAACAAGCUGCGCGAACGCGUCCAGUCGCUCACCUCCGAUCUGAAUCGCGAGAAGAAGGACAAGGAGGCGGUUAAGUCCCAGGCGGAGAGCCUGAACCGCGAGUACGACCGACUCACCGAGGAGUACAGCAAGCUGCAGAAGCAGAUCACCAUCGGCGGAGCCGGAAACAAGGAUGAUUAAGCCCUCGAAGAGCGAUGUCCAACAUUUAAAUAACGAUAAGACUUAUGAACAUGGCGGUGGGGCAGCGAAAGCAGGCACAUUUAAAAAGAUUAUAAACGAUUUGAAAUCGAUAAACGAGCACACACAUCUUAAUGUUAAUCCUCAUAUACACACACCCACACCCAUUGAUAACGAAUGGGGCUUAUUGAUAGUGGUCUCUCUUUGCGUUCGUUUUGCCUAAAAUUCUUUGUAUUUAAUUCCUAUGUGUUAAGUUUUGUUUGCCACAGUAACACACCCAACAAGCGUCGUGGCUAUUAAAAGAACAACCAUAAAGUA